UGCUAGAUUCUAGAUUUUACAAAAUACAAAUUAAUUUUUGUUUGUGUACACGUCAAUUAAUUGUAUUUAAUUUAAAACCUAAUUAAAUUAAAUUAGUGUCUUAUUUUUUAUAUUUACCAUGGAGAAGCCAAAAAAGAAACCUACCAAGAUAGAAGAAAUGACCAAGGAGCAGAUACGCCAAGCUAUCGUCAAGAAACGAGAAUGUAAUGCAAAAGCUCAAAAUAUUGUUGAGAGUUUGCUCGAGAAAAAUAUAUCCGAGGAGUACUUCCUGCAGUGUUUGCCGGAUAUCAAUCAGUGUCACUUCGAGGACGUUGUGGAAGAAAGGGCUAUUUUACACAUGUGUGGCUACCCCUUGUGCCAGAAUAUACUGUCUAUCAAGGAUAUUCCAAAGCAACAAUACAGGAUAUCUGUUAAAAACAACAAGGUUUACGAUAUAACUACAAGGAAGAGCUUUUGCAGUAAUGGCUGCUACAAAUCUGCCACUUACAUCAAACAGCAGAUGCUGACCAGUCCUCUGUGGUUUAGGGUAUAUGAAGAGAUUCCAAAGUUCAAUUUGCUUCCUACAGGUUCUGUGGGAGCCUUAGGACAAGAGGUAGAUUUAGGAGUCGUGGAGAGAGCAAAACUCAAAACUGAAAGACCUUUUACCUCUAUCAAUGAUUUUGCUCAAGCUUCUAUCAAUGAAAUCACAGAUGAAGAUAACAAUGUAGAACAAAACACUAAUGAAUCAGAUGUAAGAAAUAAUCAAGAUAAAGCCAAGGAUACACCUCUUAUUGUACAAGAAAAUAAUAAUUUAAUAACUGAAGCAAAUGAAGCUAUAAUACAGAACAACCAACCAACAACAAUAGAAAAGGAAUCAAAAGAACAGAAGAAAAAACCUGUAGCAAAUCCUUUAAACAUUGUAGGAGAGAUUAUUGAAAAACCUGAACAGAAAAUUGACCCCAUUUUGUAUGACACAAAAACUGCAACAUCAAACAAGGAAAAUACAAAAACUAAAACAGUCCUCAAGAAAAAGCAACCAGUAGUCACUGUUCUAGCAAUUGAAGUAGAAAAAUGUUUAGCCCAGUGGUUCACUAUUGAUACAAUGCUUUUCCUCUUUGGAGAGGAGAAAGUCAAAGAAAUAUUGGCUGAUAAAGGAGAAUGCAUCAAAGAGUAUUUAAACAACUAUGCUAACAGUACAUUUUAUAACUCAAACAAUUAUGAUCAGUACCAGGCUUUAUGUAAAAAGCUUAAUAUGCUAGAACUAGAGGAUAGGCGGUAUGAUGCGCAAACAUUGCAGAAAGAAACAAAACCAUUGCCAGAUUACUCAAUUUUGCAGGAAGAGAGCAAAAAGAUGCAGCUGAAAGUGCGGGCAUUUUUAGCUGGGGAAACAGAAAUACCAGAUAUAUCAACUAAUGUUAUAGAAAAGCCUGAAGAAGCACCUGAAGAAGAUUCUCAACUAACCCAAUUGCCUUUAGUAGAUAAAAAUGCCCAAAAUGCUCUCAGACGAAGAAUAGUCUGUGAACAUUUGAACAAAGUACUGCCAGAUAUACUUAAAUCUCUAGGACUGUUAAGUUUGUCUAUAAGUUCUGAUGUUCGCCUCCUUGUGAACACAUUUAAGUUGAAAGCUAACAAUAUUAUGUUUAAGCCUAUCCAGUGGAAUCUUAUAGCAAUAAUAGUGAUAAAGUUAUUGUCAUUGAGAGAUAAGAGGCUUCAUUACUUGUUGGGGAAGCAAACAGCAUAUCAGCAUCUUCAGUUGCUCCUUUUAAGUUAUAAGCAAGAUGGUGGCUAUCUGGACAGGCUUAUAUCAUGGCUGACAGACAUUGAUCGGUUAUUGGACACAAAUGAUACACAACUAACUGUAGAAUAAUGUAGAAAAAAUAUC